UAACAUGAUCCAACAAGAGUUAAUGUUGGGAUUUAAUUUACUUUUAAUUAUAGAAAAAUAACAAAAUGAAAGAUCAUUGAUCGAUAUUUAUGCAUUAACUAUAUACUUAAUAAUAUAUAUCGAAAAACUUUUAAAUUGUUUAUCAGUCAAAAGACUGAUAUAGGAAAAUGCCAGAUAUUAAAGUUACACCUUUAGGAGCUGGUCAAGAUGUUGGAAGAAGUUGCAUUCUUGUAUCAAUGGGUGGAAAGAAUAUUAUGUUAGAUUGUGGCAUGCACAUGGGCUUUAAUGAUGAAAGGAGAUUCCCAGAUUUUUCAUACAUAAUUCCGGAAGGUCCAGCAACUAAUUAUAUAGAUUGUGUGAUUAUUUCACACUUUCAUUUAGAUCAUUGUGGUGCUCUUCCAUAUUUUACAGAAAUGGUAGGUUAUACUGGACCAAUUUAUAUGACACAUCCAACAAAAGCAAUUGCACCAAUUUUACUUGAAGAUAUGAGAAAAGUUGCAGUAGAACGUAAAGGAGAAAGCAAUUUCUUUACAUCACAAAUGAUAAAAGACUGUAUGAAAAAAGUUAUUGCUGUUACAUUGCAUCAAUCUGUAAUGGUUGAUUCAGAACUAGAAAUAAAAGCAUAUUAUGCAGGACAUGUACUUGGUGCUGCAAUGUUCUGGAUUCGUGUUGGUUCACAAUCAAUUGUAUAUACAGGAGAUUAUAAUAUGACACCUGAUAGACAUUUAGGUGCUGCAUGGAUAGAUAAAUGUAGACCAGAUUUAUUAAUAUCAGAAUCAACAUAUGCAACAACUAUUAGAGAUUCUAAGAGAUGUAGAGAAAGAGACUUUUUAAAAAAAGUUCAUGAAUGUAUAGAUAGAGGUGGCAAAGUAUUAAUCCCUGUAUUUGCUCUUGGACGUGCACAAGAAUUAUGUAUAUUGUUGGAAACAUAUUGGGAACGAAUGAAUCUAAAAGUUCCCGUGUAUUUUGCUUUAGGAUUAACUGAAAAAGCUAAUAAUUAUUAUAAAAUGUUUAUUACUUGGACAAAUCAAAAAAUUAAGAAAACUUUUGUACAAAGAAAUAUGUUUGAUUUUAAACACAUAAAGCCAUUUGAUAAAGCAUAUAUUGAUAAUCCUGGGGCCAUGGUAGUAUUUGCUACUCCAGGUAUGUUGCAUGCAGGAUUAUCUUUACAAAUUUUUAAAAAAUGGGCUCCAAAUGAAGCAAAUAUGGUUAUUAUGCCUGGAUUUUGUGUCCAAGGCACUGUUGGACAUAAAGUUUUAAAUGGUUCUAGAAGAAUCGAAUUUGAAAACCGACAGAUUGUAGAAGUUAAAAUGGCAGUAGAAUAUAUGUCUUUCUCUGCUCAUGCAGAUGCAAAAGGUAUUAUGCAAUUAAUACAAUAUUGUGAACCGAAAAAUGUUAUGCUUGUACAUGGUGAAUUUGCUAAAAUGGAAUUUCUAAAAGAAAAAAUAAAACAAGAAUUUGGAACUAACUGUUAUAAUCCUGCAAAUGGUGAAACUUGUGUUAUCACAACUAUUUCCAAAGUGCCAGUAGAUGCCUCUUUAGCAUUAUUAAAGGCUGAAGCAAAAAAAUAUUCAGCUUUACCACCAGAUCCUAAGCGACGAAGAUUACUCCAUAGUGUUUUAAUGUUACGAGAAGAUGGAGUAUGUCUUGUAGAUGCAGAUGAAGUAACAAAAGCUGCAGGAAUAACGAAACAUGUAGUACGAUUUACAUCCACUGUACAAGUAAGAGAUCCUGGUCCUGCACAUUCAACAACUUUAAAAUUAUUACAACCAUUGAAAGAAAGAUUAUCAGGUUGGACAGUUCAAUUAACAGAUGGAUCAAUAUCUGUUGAAUCUGUUUUAGUAAAAGUAGAAGGUGAUGAAGAUGAUCAAAAAAGUGUAUAUGUAUCAUGGACAAAUCAAGAUGAAGAUUUGGGUAGUUAUAUUUUAGGAUUUUUACAAACAAUGUUGAAUUAAAAAAUAACAUAAACUGUAUUAAAAAUAAAAACAAUAUUCACUUAAUUGAUAAAUAAUAGAUAGAAUUUUAUAUAAUGUGUGAUAUUGCUACAAUGAAUACAAUAGACAUUAUAUAUAG